AUGUUGUAUGGCGCGGCGAUUUUGCCUCUCACAUAUCUCCUGUCACUUGUGUUUAACGGACCUGCCCUCGGCUUCGUUUGUUACUUCUUUUUAAAUGUGGUGUUAGGCAUGCUGGGUGCUCAAGUAGUGGAGUCACUUCUUUCACCAACUGUUGAAACCACAGCGGUGGCAGACGCUAUGGAUGCUGUUCUACAAUUUCACCCUCUAUACUGUUUGGUCACCUCUGUCAGGUACUUAAAUCAAAUUGGUCUUCAUAGACAGAGAUGUUUUCAAAUGUGCGACUUCUAUAAAAUUGUAUAUGACGAAUUUGUGUGCGACAUUCGAGCCCUGUGCGAGAUAGACGAAGGCUGUUGUCUUCCUAAAAAACCGAAUCUCACGUGGGCCUUGCCCGGCGUGUUGCGUUAUCUCACAGUCAUGUUUAUCACCGGCAUCCUGCUCUGGAUCUUGCUAAUGGUUAUAGAAUAUGGACUUCUAAAACAGUUAUUCGUACGUGAGAAGAAGCUACCACCUAUAGACAAAAAUACCAUUGAUGAAGAUGUUGCUGCAGAAGCAAAUCACACGCAUAAAGUAUACAAAUCAAGCCUACACGAUCAAGCUUUACUCGCACUGAAACUAUCAAAAUACUAUGGAAAAUAUCUUGCUGUUAACCAAAUUUCCUUCUGUGUGAACGACGGUGAAUGCUUCGGCCUAUUAGGAGUGAAUGGUGCUGGAAAGACAACUACAUUCAAGAUGCUAAUGGGUGAUGAAUCUAUAUCAAGCGGUGAAGCGUUUGUCAGUGGAUAUUCCGUUAGGAAUAAACUCCAUAAAGUGCAUGAAAAUAUUGGUUACUGUCCUCAAUUUGAUGCCCUUUUCAUGGAACUUACGGGUCGGGAAACGCUACGAGUAUUCGCGCUUAUGCGAGGUCUGCGAAUGCAAUAUUUAGAACCCAUUACCGAGUCCUUCGCAAGCGCACUCGGGUUUCGUAGACACUUAGACAAAAAGGUCGGACAAUAUUCUGGAGGCACACGGCGCAAGUUGAAUACAGCGGUGGCGUUCCUAGGAAAGACCCGGCUAAUAUUCGUAGACGAGCCUACCACUGGCGUUGAUCCUGCUGCGAAGCGACAUGUGUGGCGUGCUGUCCGCGGCGUGCAGCGUGCUGGGCGCGGCGUGGUGCUGACGUCGCACAGCAUGGAGGAGUGCGAGGCGCUCUGCUCGCGCCUCACCAUCAUGGUCAACGGCCGCUUCCAGUGCCUCGGCACUCCGCAGCAUCUCAAGAACAAGUUUUCUGAAGGUCCUCUAUUAUUUGUUUCUAACGGCCGUCUCCACGAGCGAGAGAAUCGUGACGGACCCACACUUCUAUCGUCGGGUUUUACUCUAACUAUCAAGUUAAAAACCGAUGAAAAUAAUAAACCUGGCCUGGAUCCAGCAGCCCGUGUCAAAGACUUUGUUAAUCUAAACUUCAAGGAUCCUAAAAUAAUGGAGGAGUACCAAGGUCUAUUGACGUACUAUCUACCGGACCGGACCAUAGCAUGGUCGCGGAUGUUCGGUAUUAUGGAGCGCGCUAAACAAGAACUUGAAAUUGAGGACUACACGAUCGCACAAACCACGCUCGAACAAAUAUUUUUACAGUUUACAAAGUACCAGGGACACGAGCAAGAACCAAAAAUUGGCGAAAAGCAAUCGGAACCUAUACAGAAACCAGCGGAUACUAGUCAGAAAUUACCUGAUUUUACGAAAAGGGAGCCUAAUUUACCUAAGACGCGUGAUACUACUUAA